AUGACCUCCACAGACACGAUUGAGAAUCGGCUUGACGUUGACAUUGCUACUCCACAACCACAACCACUCUCGUCCAUUCAACCUGCCAGUCCUAGCAACAAGAGUGUUCGAUCUUGUCGUGCUUGUGGUCGUUUAUGCGUGAAACGAAACGGACCUUUGGUGAAAGCAUUAGGCGAGAUCUAUCAUUAUCAAUGCUUUGUUUGCGAGGAUUGCCACAAACUGGUUGCCGACAAGUUUUACGCAUUGGAGAUCAAGAAUGAUUACCGUAUUGUCUGUGAACAGCAUUACUACUCACGUCUCGGCCUCGUUUGCAAACAAUGCCAUCAACCCAUCUUUGGUCCUGUGGAACCAGGUCUCGAAUAUCAUCUUGAAUGCUUGCAAUGUCCUGAUUGUGUGGCCAAUGAACAACAAAGCGAGGAUGGAUCAUGCUUUGAAUUCCAUGGGCAGGCUUAUUGUCGAUAUCACUUCUCCAUGAUUCCGGAUACACAUUGUGCUGGAUGCGGUCAAGCGAUCCUCAAACAAUUUGUGGAACAUCACAGCUAUCCUAGAAAAAAGUGGCAUCCCGAAUGUUACAUGAUUCAAAAGUUUUGGAAUAUACGACUUGUGGAUGCAAUGGACGUGACACAGCGGGAUGAUCCCCGAUCCUUGACGGCUGAUCGAUUACGUGAGCUACAGAAUACCAUGGAAACCAAAGUCAUUCGUAUAUGGACCGAUCUUUCAGCCUUUCAAGAGUCCUCUGCAACGUGUAUCUCUGACAUGUUGUUUCAUAUUGCUGCUGGAGCCUAUAUGGAGAGCAUGCGCAUGGCAAGCCAGUUUAUCCUGCAUCUUGAAGUUCUAUUUGCUGCCCUGGAUACCAUUGGCUCAAUCUCAGCCGAGAAAGGAGAAGAAUUGCAAUGCGUUAUUGAAACUCGGUCUAUAUGCAGCCAAAUUAUAAGCAUUUUUCAGCUGUUGACGCACGAUGGCAACAUGGGAUGUACCAAAACAGCCGAUACAGGUGUCACCCAAGAGCUACUUUCAUUGGUGACAGGAAUGGCCCAGAAUUUGAAAAGCCUGAUACGCAUUGGACUCGCUCAAGCGCUGCGUUUGGAAACUGAUCAUCGUAUUCAAGACGCCAUAUCUCUUUUUCUUUCAAGGUUAUUACCUUUGGAGAAUCAACGCGUAUGGAUGGCAGGAAGAUAUUGGUUCAAGGACGAUUCCACCAACACCAUGGCAACACAUGAUCACCAUAGCAACAACAUGGGGACGAUGGCGUAUCAACGUAACGUUUCUCAUUGUCAGCAUUGCCAUGAGGCUAUCGAAGAUGAAUGUAUUCGUAAAGGCGAUCUACGAUGGCAUUUAUCAUGUUUCCACUGUACACGGUGUCAUUAUCAACUAGCCAAGGAGCUUGAUAGGGCGCGACUCGAUGAAACCCAGUUGACACUUGAACACGGAGUCAUCCUUUUCUGCAAUGAUUGCUGCACCAAUAAGGGAUGUCAAUACCCACCCUUUAGGCACAUGAGCCGAUGGGAACAGUGCCUGGAUCUUGUGAAAUCGGCAUUAGGGCAGCUGUAUACUUCACCAACAGAAGCAGGCAGGAUACCAGAUGACACGAGUCGACAAACCACGCUGCACGACUAUGAAACCAAGAUAAAUACAGCUGCAAAGAAAAGUAAACGGCAAUCCUCUCUUUUGCGUUUAAUGAACCGAAGCACAACACGACGGCAGUCAUUAUUCGGCUCAGUCCAUUUGACUCAUGUGAAACGCACCGACAACAAUACAACAACAACUCCUCCACCACCACCAUCUUCUUCUUCUACAACUUCUCCCACUUGUUCUACACCUACUUGGAGAUGGCGUUAUCAUCAAAAUCAAUCACCUCUUACGAUGAAACGUGCGACCACUAUUCGAGAAACAACAUCACCUAUCAACAACAACAGCAAUAAUACUCUCGGCCGUUUUGGAAGUAUUCGAAGAGCCUUGAGCACCAACCGCCGUGAACGCAGGCCGCUACAUGGCGUAUUUGAUCGUUACAACAACAAGAAAACACACUCCACCACUGUAUUAGAUCAACAACAACAAGGCCAACAGGCAUCCAUUUGUACUUUUGACACCUUUGACGCCACAGCCACAAUUCACUCCAACAACCAUGUUAUGGGUGGUGGUGGUAGCAGUGGUGGUGAUAAUGCAUUAGCAAUACCAGAAACCACGUGUCAACAACAUCAUUCAGGAGACCUUACUGAUAUCCAAGACGCCGUAUUACGAUACAUGGCAGCUCUCUAUCUUGAAAGCUUGGUGCGUGGCUCCUUUUCUUUGGAAGAACUUGUGGCGUUGACAGAAACGAAACGAUCAUCAUCAUCAUCCUUGUGGUACAGGUUCAAGACUCAUAUUCGAGUAGGAGGAGCAGGAGUAGGAGGAGGAGGAAAGCAUCAUCAACAUCACCAUUAUGCAGCACAUCUCCUAUCAUCUUCCUCCUAUGGUGGCAAUCAUAACAACAAAACAUUUGGCGUCCCUCUCGUUGCCAUCGCCAAAAGAGAUCAUCACCACCGACAUCAGCCUGCAUCCGUUUUUCAUGAGAUUCUCUCCAAAGGCACACAUCCACUUGCUCCCUAUUAUUUUUCAUCCAAUGCACUUGUACCCACCUUUAUGAAGAAUUGUAUCCUUGCAUUAUGUCGAAUGGACAUGUCAUUGGAAGGUGUAUUCCGCAAGAACGGCAAUGUGCGUGAGCUAAACGAGAUUUGUGAUACGGUCAAUCGUGAUGCCACGUCUUUGGUUUAUUUGGAUGAAACGCCCAUUCAGCUUGCAGCAUUGUUAAAACGAUUUCUACGCGAUUUGCCUGAGCCACUAUUGACAUUUAAGCUUUACGAUUUAUUGAUCGCAUCUAUCCAUAUACAAGAGGAGAGCAAAUCCAAAAAGGUGCUUCACUUGGCAUGUUGCAUGUUGCCCAAAGCAAACAGGGAUACGAUGCAAAUGUUGUUUCUUUUUUUGAAAUGGGUGGCAACGUUUCAUGAAACCAACAAGAUGGAUGUGACAAAUCUAGCUCGAGUCAUUGCGCCCACGGUUUUCUAUUCAUCUGCUGCAACCAAGGAGCUCACGGUCGAAAGACAACAAAGCGCGCGAGAUGAGAUCAAGGUCGUGGAAAUGCUGAUCCGAUACCAAGAAGAGUUUUGCAUGGUACCGCAACCACUGGUUGGCAUUGUGCAGGAUCCCAAGGCUGUUGAUUAUCUGGGUGAUCCGAAACAAGCACUUCGAUUCCUUGAUUAUCACAACCAGCGCGGUCUUACAAGUUGUCAUGGCAACGAUGAGAACAUUGGCGUGCCAACACCACCUUCUUCUCCCCCUCCUCCUCCUCCUCCCCCCACAGCAUCAAGAUCCAUAUCACCACUCACCCUUCGCCGCUCAUGGAUCCCAAAACGCGAUUAA